GUCUUGGUAUAUGAUCGUCCAAGUUCAGUGUUUGAGUGACCAAGUUGUUGCUAAGUUUUUUUUAAAAAAAAUUGUGCUUAAUUUAUUUAAUUCAAAUACGACUACUAUCACUCACUACCUUCCUCGAAUUUUCAUUCAUGUGUUUCGUUUGCGUAUUGUUUCUUAUAAAUUUGUCGUCUAACGAUUCUUAAAAUAUUUUGAAUUUAACAAAAUAAAAAUGUGGAGAUUUCAGUCCUAUUUAGAAAAGUCUCGCACUCCAUCUUUUACAGUUGAAUACAUUCUGACAAAGACACGUACAUAUUUUGUUCUUUGGUUGUUUGUAAUACAUUUUAUAAAUUAUCUGUUCUGAAGUUUACUGGAUAUUCAAUUGCUACAAAUUUUGUAUUUGUUGGUUCCAUUUAAAUGUAGUUAUCAGUAACAAAAAGAACAAAAAAAUGAAAUUUAAAUUAAUUUAUAUACGGAAAUUAUUGUUCUUUUUGUUCCCAGUGACCCAAUUCGCAGAAUUUUCUUAACUUAAGAUUAUUUUUUUAUUACUCUUCAUAUAGGAUAUAAAGUUAUAUUGUUUAUUUUCUUGGACCGGCUUAUUUAGUCAAGACAAAUGUCUCCAAAUAUCUAUAAGAAAAUUCAACGGAACUAUAAUAUAAUUGGUGUUCCAAAUGUUUCGGCGCUGUAUAAUAUAAUUCUUGAAUAAAAUUUUGAUAUUAGCAUGCAAAACAUAUUAACUAAGCAACACAAAUUUCAGUUAAAAAAAUAAUUGGGUAACUAGUUUUUUUAAGCCAUUACUUAAGUUAAUGUUACAUUCAUGUCUUUCUUUUACUUUAUAUACUAAUUCACUAUAUAUACUCUAAUGGCGGUCUUAUGCAUGGAAUAAAUAUUAUAAAGAAGCUGUCUGAGUGUGUUACCAAAAAAAAACUGUCCGAGUACUAUUAUUUGUUGUGCACCAAAAGAUUAAAAAAAAAAGAUAAUAGAAAAAUGAAAUUGAAUUAUCUUAUAGAAAAGAUUAGACGUCCAUCUCGAAAAAUUCCACUAAAAAAGUUAGCAGUUUUUAAAUGAAACAUCAUGCGUAAUGAAUCAAAAUGAGCCAUGUGUCAAUCACAUACAAAAAUGACGUCGCUGUAGGCAGCCACACGUACUGCAAGCACCGCAUAAAUAAAGAUGGUGCCUCUUCCUCAAACUUCCUCACUUUGCAAGUGAAACAAACAACUCUUAUAAAUAAUAUUAAAGGUUCUCUCUCUCUCUAUUUCUCUUGUGGUAAGAAACAAAACAAGUAGAGAUCUCUUUCUGUCUAUCUAUCUUUGUGUUCUUCUUGUUCUAUGAUAAAACGAUCUCGAGUAUCCCAAAGAGCAAGAUGUCUAUAAGAAAAAUCUACCGAUGUCUAAAUUCUUUAAUCAAAAGAUCAUGUGCUCAGUCUCUAUGAUCAUAUAUAUAAGUCCCAUUUCACACUUUUUUCAACUCUCAGGUUUUCAAUAUUUUAUCAUUGUUCUCUACACAACCCCUUUGUUUUCGAUCGAAUCACUAGCUCAAAAAAGCUGAGAUUCUUUGAACAAUCAAGAAAUCAAGAAUCAAGAAUGGUGCGGACACCAUGUUGCAGAGCUGAGUUAGGGUUAAAGAAAGGAGCAUGGACUCCCGAGGAAGAUCAGAAGCUUACCUCCUACGUUAACCGUCACGGUGAAGGUGGCUGGCGAACUCUCCCCGAAAAAGCUGGACUCAAGAGAUGUGGCAAAAGCUGCAGAUUGAGAUGGGCCAAUUAUCUAAGACCUGACAUCAAAAGAGGAGAGUUCACUGAAGACGAGGAACUUUCAAUCAUCUCUCUUCACGCUCUUCACGGCAACAAAUGGGCUGCAAUAGCUCGUGGAUUACCAGGAAGAACCGAUAACGAAAUCAAGAACUACUGGAACACUCAUAUCAAAAAACGUUUGAUCAAGAAAGGUGUUGAUCCGGUUACUCACAAGAACAUAUCAGAAAAUUUGCAGGAUAUUCUGGAGAAACGAAACAUUAAUCAGACAAUUAUAACGAGUGAUGAUGAUCUUGAUCAUAACAAGAAGAUGGAGAAGUCGGCUAGGUUCUUGAACAGAGUAGCUAAUAGGUUCGGAAAGAGAAUCAACCAGAGUGUUUUGUCUGAAAUUAUCGGUAGUGGUGGCCCACAUGCUACUAUUACUAAUAACACUACUACUAUUACUACAAGUGUCACCGUUGACUCCAAAUCUGAUAAGUCAACGAGCUCUUCCUUCACACCAACCUCGAAUCUUCUCAUGACCGCUAACGGUAACGCUACGUCGUCUCCGUCCACAUUUUCUGAGUCAUCCAUUAACGAUCGAUUAAUGUACUGGGAUAAGGAAGAUGAUAUCGGAUUCUCAACAUUUCUGAAUGAUGAAGAUUUCAUGGUGUUGGAAGAGUCUUGUGUUGAGAACACUGAGUUCAUGAAAGAGCUUACGAGGUUUCUUGGGGAGGAUGAGACGGACAACGUAGAAAUGAUGCCCGUCUAUGAGCAUCAAGACAGUUUUGAAGAUAUUGAUAACUAUUUUGCAUGAGUGAAUCUUCUGAUAAACCCAACAUGAUCAUUUCAAUAUGAUCCUGUGAUAGAUGAUGAUGAUGAUAAGUGAUGUUGAACCAUGCAUGGAGCUUGUGUUGUCAUAUGUACGUGUCUUUUUGGUGUGUUUUUCCUUCUUUUUUUUGUUUUGUUUUACUCUUCUGUAAGUUUGGCCUCAAGUGUGUUUCGUUUAUGUAGUGGUUAAAUAUAGUGAUGUUAAUAAUAUUACAUUAUUUUACCGAGUGUA